AUGCAGUGGAAUAAAAUCAACAACAUCACCAACUUUGUUCUCCAGUUUAACGGCACAGAGAAAUUCAUCAGAGCACCAGCUGGAAAUGGACCAGUGACUUACACAGUCUCAUCUCUCACUGCUGGAAAUAAAUACACAUUCACUCUCUUCUCUAUGUUUGAGAACGUCAGAAGCAGUGGAGUACAAUAUGAAGCUGCAACUGUACCUAAAAAUGCAGAAGACUUCAGGUCAUCAAAUCAAGAUGAGAGCAGCAUCACUCUGCAGUGGAAUAAAAUCAACAACAGCACCAGUUUUGUUCUCCAGUUUAACGGCACAGAGACAAACAUCAGUGCACCAGAUGGAGAUGGACCAGUAACUUACACAGUCACAUCUCUGACUGCUGGAACUAGAUAUACAUUCACUCUUUUCUAUGUGUUUGAGAAUAUAAGAAACAGUCAAGGCCAACUGUCAGCUGUCACUGCUCCUCGAAAUGCAGAAGGACUUACAAAGUCAGGACAAGAUGAGAGCAGCAUCACUCUGCAGUGGAAUAAAAUCAACAACAGCACCAACUUUGUUCUCCAGUUUAACGGCAGAGAGACGUUCAUCAGAGCACCAGAUGGAGAUGGACCAGUGAUCCACACCAUCUCAUCUCUAGCUGCUGGAACCAGAUACUCAUUCAGUCUCUUCUCUGUGUUUGAGAACGUCAGAAGCAGUGGAGUACAACUUACUGCUGUCACUGUGCCAGAAAAUGCAAAAGGCUUCAGAGCAUCAGAACAAGAUGACAGCAGAAUCACUCUGCGGUGGAAUAAAGUCGGCAGCAACAUCAACUUUGUUCUGCAGUUUAACGGCACAGAGACAUUCAUCGGUGCACCAGAUGUAUAUGGACCAGUGACCUACACAGUCACAUCUCUGACCCCUCGUACAAACUACACAUUCACUCUUUUCUCUGUGUUUGAAAAUGUCAGAAGCAGUGGAGUCAGCAUAUUUGCAGCUACUGGUCCAAAUUAUGUUUUUGGAUUGGAUUUGAAGUUGGAGCUUCUAGAACAAAUGACAAAAUCAGAGAUGGAAGACGCUUUGAUAGAGCUCCUCAGAGAAAAUAAUCUGCCGCCACACAUUACUCUGAAAAUCAUUUCCUCCAAACCAUGAAAUCACCGAGGGAAUCAAAUUCUGGAUAAUUCAUCUGUAACAUUGUUUCCUUUCCUUUCCAUGAGGUUUAUUUUAUGUACUAAUUUCAAUUGUAAUGUUGUUUUACAGAAUUGACUUCCCUUUGGGUAAUAUUUUGAUAUCUUUUUGUUAAGAACUGAGUUAAGGUUUUCUUGUAUUUUCAUAAAUCAUAUGUGUGCAUUCUUCUGAUUUUUUGCCUCUAAAUAAUGUUUUGGGGAUCUAUGAAUUGUUUACUUGUAUUGAAAAAAAUAUUUUGGGGGACAUAUUGAAAUCUAGAUGCAAAAGCUUGAAAAAACAUGAAGAAAAGAAACCUAGGUGUGUGAUGGUAUGCACACAUCUAGGUUGGCAAGCAAAACAAAGCAAAAGCAUAAAAAAGUAAAACUUUGUUCAGUGUGACUCCAUGUUGCUUCCCUGGUCAUUAAACGUUUAAAUACAGCUUUACAAUCAUAUAAAUGCAACAAAUCAUCAUGGUAAUGGGGAGAAACAAAUGUUGUAAAUAGGUAUUGGGAAGAAUUAACUUGAAUAUAUGAAUAAACUAAACUUAUUUAGAUGAAAAUAAGAAAGAAUCAUUCCUCUCUCAAACAUUUUAAAAUGUAAUCUGUGGGUAAAUGGGGUGAAUUAGGGCUCAUAUCAAC